GACGCGAAGUGGGCGGUGCCUAUACUGAGCGCCGUGGCGGCUUGUGCGCGGACGCCGGUUCCGGAGGAGGGCUGGACCCGGCUGGGUGGGGAGUGUGGCUAGUAACCUGGCUGCCGCGGAGAGAGAGAAGAUUAUAAAUGCCAGAGCCAUUUAAAUGAUGGUUAGCCGUUGAAUUCUGACACUUCCUUAAAUACCUUCUUGCACCAACAUACUGGGAAGAUUCGGAAAAGUAGCAUAGGGAAGGAAAGACAAGUUUUAUAUAAUACUAUGGCUAUACCAAUAACAGUGCUUGACUGUGAUCUCUUGCUAUAUGGCCGAGGUCACCGGACAUUGGAUCGCUUUAAGCUGGAUGAUGUGACAGAUGAAUACUUGAUGUCCAUGUAUGGGUUUCCCCGACAGUUCAUUUAUUACUUGGUGGAGCUCUUGGGGUCAAGUCUUUCUAGACCUACUCAGAGAUCCAGAGCUAUUAGCCCAGAGACACAGAUCCUUGCAGCACUGGGCUUCUAUACCUCAGGUUCCUUCCAAACUCGGAUGGGAGAUGCUAUUGGAAUCAGUCAGGCAUCUAUGAGUCGAUGUGUCACCAAUGUCACCGAAGCGCUUGUGGAAAGAGCUUCACAGUUCAUCCGCUUUCCAGCUGAUGAAGCCUCUGUGCAGGCUCUGAAGGAUGAAUUCUAUGGGUUGGCAGGGAUGCCAGGGGUCAUAGGGGUGGUCGACUGUAUCCACGUGGCAAUCAAGGCGCCAAAUGCCGAGGACCUUUCCUACGUGAACCGCAAAGGUCUUCAUUCUUUGAACUGCCUGAUGGUGUGUGACAUCAGAGGGACACUAAUGACUGUGGAGACCAACUGGCCAGGAAGUCUCCAGGACUGUGUGGUGCUGCAGCAGUCUUCUCUCAGCAGUCAGUUUGAAGCUGGUAUGCACAAAGAGAGCUGGCUGCUUGGUGACAGCUCCUUCUUUCUCCGCUCCUGGCUUAUGACUCCACUUCACAUUCCUGAAACUCCAGCCGAAUAUCGCUACAACAUGGCCCAUUCGGCGACUCACAGUGUGAUCGAGAAGACUUUCCGAACCCUGUGCUCCCGAUUCCGCUGCCUGGACGGCUCCAAGGGGGCACUGCAGUACUCCCCGGAGAAGUGCAGCCACAUCAUCUUGGCUUGCUGUGUCCUCCACAACAUCUCCCUGGAGCAUGGGAUGGAUGUUUGGUCCUCACCAGUGACAGGACCCAUGGAACAGCCCCCGGAGGAAGAGUAUGAGCACAUGGAGUCCUUGGACCUAGAGGCUGACCGUAUCCGGCAGGAGCUGAUGCUCACUCACUUCAGCUAAUGUGGAAGGUGGGGAGGCGGGAGGUUUUCCAGGAGGAUCUGGGACCAACUUUCCCUCUCACCACCCCCAACACAGUUCCAUCAUCUAGCGUGACUGAGUGUGUGGACACCUAUCACAAACUCACAUUUCAUCAGUGUGUUUUAGACAGUUUGGGGCUAAUUUUAUUAACUACCCCCAAGCCACCAAGACAAUAGUUCCCUGCUAUCCACUGAACUCUAGGUUGGCACCACUCAUUUGAAAGUUCCCUGGUUGCAGACAUCUAUAUCAUGCCUAGAAAAUCAAAGCAAAGGGGAAAACAGUAUCUAGCCAGCCAGACACAAUUAUCUAAAGAUUUUAAAUGAAAGCAAUAUUUGAUCUAAAUUCUCUGGAUGGUAUCUUAGCUUUGUUACCUCUAGAGGCAUAAUCUGAGGCAAGGGUAAAGAGUAACUUUAGGUUGGGGAGUGGUCUUCUGACAUAGGUAAAUGGCUACUAAUCUGAAUGUGCAGCUUUGUGUUUUAAGAUGUCAGGGACACGCAAA